GGGGGAAGAGGAAAUAAUGGAGAACGCGUCGAGCUCCCCUGCAAGGAGGAGCCUCUUGCACGAUGGCGCGCCAAUUCCCCGGCGCCUCCUUAAGUCUCAGGCCGGCCACCCGCUGCCUCCCCGCCCCCUGGCCCUGACUCGCCUUCCCCGCCAAUUCGUCAAAGUCUUAGAAUAAAGUUCGGGGCUGGCAGACUUUACUCUAGUCGAGAAGGGAACUGCCCCUGCAGGGUUGGUUUGGGUUUUUUUUUUAAGCAGCGGCACCCCCUUGUCCUCCUCAGGCCAUGGCCUCGGCCGAGCUGGCUCAGAAACUUCAGCGUCGAUUGCUGCGGGACGGGAGCACUUCAGAGUCUCCUCCGGGGGAAGGGGAGAAGGGUCUCGUCCCGGGAGGCGCUGAGCCUGCGGGGGCUGAGUCGAGCUUCAUAGAUCCCGACGAAGACCGGAGUCUGGUGAACGCCGCUGCUGACCCGGAGCUGAGCGCCAAGCUGAGUCGCAGGCAGGAUAUCAACGCGGGCGCCGCGAGGCCCCGCUUCGCCCAGAUCUUCAAUCCCUACACGGAGUUUAAGGAGUUCACUCGCCGGCAGAUCAAGGACAUGGAGCGCCUGUUCCGAUUAUAUGACUCUGGGAAGGAUGGCUACAUUGACCUUAUGGAACUGAAGCUGAUGAUGGAGAAGCUUGGUGCACCUCAGACUCAUCUGGGCCUGAAGAACAUGAUCAAGGAAGUGGAUGAAGACUUUGAUGGCAAACUAAGUUUCCGUGAGUUCCUGCUGAUUUUCCACAAAGCUGCAGCUGGAGAGCUUGAAGAAGACAGCGGUUUGAUGGCUUUGGCAAAACUUUCUGAAAUAGACGUUGCCCUUGAGGGAGUAAAAGGAGCCAAGAACUUCUUUGAAGCAAAGGUUCAAGCUUUGUCUUCAGCCAGUAAAUUUGAGGCAGAGAUAAAAGCAGAGCAAGAUGAGCGAAAACGCGAGGAAGAGGAGAGAAGGCACCGCAGAGCAGCCUUCCGAGAACUCAAGUCAGCAUUCAGUCAGUAACUGAGGCGACCCAUUGGCCACCUGUGACUCUGUGUACAUUCUUACACAUUUUGCCUUUGAUUAGACCCCAACCAGGAGAGGAAACAAAACUGAUUUGAAGCCUCCCCCGCUUUUCUUUUCCUGAAUCUCCUACGUAGAUGCUGGGGGUAUGUGUCAUCCGCAGUGACAUUCAGAAUGAUGCAAAUGUCCAAAAUGGUUCAAGCGACCCCUUUGUUGUUCUUAAUGGGCAUUGCUUAGAAGAAUUAAAAUGCCCUAAUGCUGAAGCCCCAGGCAGAAGAUUGAAGAACCUAAUAACAGUGCGGACCACUUAUAUCUUGGUCAGAAAAUAUUCCCUGUCAUUCUGAAUGCCCCUGUCUCAUAGCUCUGUGAUUUUCCUUAGGCUUCCUUUCUGUAUACUUUUUGGCUCCUCAUUGAUUUCUCAAAACCAUUUCUUGCUUCCAAAUAAGCAAGCACUUCUUCUAGGUAUAGAUCAUAUUUCUGUCAUGUACAAAUAAAUGCCCCAAUCCCUUCUGCAUCCUUAUUUUCCUCCUUAUGCUCAGUGUCCUGGGGGGUGGGGAGAGGGAAGCAACAGCUUUCUGGGACAGCCCCAGUAAGGAGGGUAAGUGUCUGUUAGUCAAUAUUGGCUGAGAUCCAAAGAGGUCCUUGAGUGAGUAGCAGGCACUUCCUCCACACCGCAAUUUCUUGGGCAAGAGGUCCCCAAUUUCUGCCAAUUCCUUUCCCUCCAGCUGUACCUCCCAUCCCCAGGCACAUCUCCCAUCAUCUUUUGACACUCAGGAGCAUUUUCAAGGAAACACAAAGUGGUGGAAAGAGGAGGCAGUAAAACCUUGCUGUGUGGACAGAACCCCACUUGUGCUUUUCUGGGUCCAAGCCAUUUUUUUCCAUUCUCAUACAGAUUCUGUUCAAAGGUACUUCAGUCACCAUUCAGUUUUACCCUUUAUAUAUAUAUAAAUACAGUACCACCACUAUUUAGCUUCUGCAAAUGAAGCCCCUCUGAGCAUUCCAUCCUCAAAGCUCUAUAACUGCCACCUUGGUAACAGCAUUUGUAUGUUGGCAGCUGAUGAAGGCAGAAGCUGAAACGUUUUGUUAAUAUAAUAAAAACCUCUGUU